AUGUUGUCCUCGUCGCGACGAUCAUCUGGAUCAGGAAACUCAUCGUCAAGCAAUCUCUCCAAACGACCGAUCGAUCCAAUAACACGAACUGCCUUGCGAUACACACUCAGUCCGAAGGAGUAUGAGCUGCUGCACAACUACCUGAUAUCGCGAGCGCCGAAACGAGUCCAGAAACAAACGCCGAGCCCGCCACGAUAUGAGAAAAUCACGAAGAGCAGCACGGAGAGCGGAGACUACAAUGUCGCAGCCGUUAGAGCCGCGUUGCGUGUUUACCUCUCCCUCUUCACUGGGCUGGAGGGAUUCGAGUUCGUGAUGGAGGCGCUGGCGAAGCGGAGAGGAGGUGAAGUUGUACCUACAGCUGCGAAACCACGAUACAGAAACGCCAGGAUAGCGCUGUCUUUCUCCUCGAUCCUCCUCUUCCAUCGACUCCUGCAUCGUUUCUUCAAGCGCUUCAAGGCAGCUCUGGAAGAAGACUCCGCCGAACCGUUCCGCGAACGAAAUCCUCGAACCGCAAAGAUCCUCACAUCACAAUACACACCCGCCAUCGGCGCAUCCCUCGCAGGUCUCUGCUUGGGCCUCGGUCCCAACGAUCAGCUCCGCAUGACAGUCGCCAUCUACAUCUUCUCGCGAAGCCUCGAAUACAGCUACAACACCCUCUCCGACAACGGCUACAUCCGGCCCAAGGGUAAAACGCGACCCUGGUGGUUCGGGAGCUGGCUCGUCAUGCCCUUCGCCGCAGGCCAGCUCCUGCACGCUUUCGUGUUCGACCGCGAUUGCUUCCCCGAAAGCUACGGCAAGACGAUCUUGAAAUGGUCACCAGAAUACAUCCAGCUUCGGCCUCAAGACUUCCCCGCGGGAAAGCCUUGGCCUUCAACCUUCGACAUCGUCGACGCAUUGGCGGAACUCAGCAAACUCCGCUGGCCAGCUUUCGUCUCACCCAUCCUCUUCCCAGCCGCAAAGGAAACACCACCACUCUCACCUUCAGUGCUGAAACUCGCACCGAUAACAGCACCCGCCCACCCAGCAAUCAAAUACACAUCCUGCGCCUUCCUCCACCCCCGCGAUCCGUCCUGCGCACGAACAUACCUCAAAUACUGGAUCGCCGCGUUCCCCCCAGUCCUCAAAUUCUUCUCCCUCAUCUGCGGCGCCUUCGCCAUGCUGGGGUAUAAGAAACUCCUCGCCAACCCGAGCGUCUUCGCCAACCGCGUGAGUCAACGCAUCAUCAAAAUGUCCCUCUUCAUUACGGGCGCGAUUGGAACGUCGUGGGGUUCGAUUUGUCUAUUCAACAACGUCCUUCCCCGUUCUGUUCUGCCCACGCAACGAUGGUUCCUGGGCGGGUUCUUGGGAGGUCUAUGGGCUUGGGUCGCGAGGAAUGACGAGAGGGACAACUUCUUGUACAGUAUGAGGUUGAGCAUUGAUUCGCUGUACAAGGUGGGGAAGAAGAGGGGAUGGUGGAGAGGGAUCAGGAAUGGGGAUGUGUUGUUGUUUGUGGCGAGUUUGGCGUCGGUCAAUGUGGUGUAUGAGGCGCAGCCUGGUGCUGUGCAGGGUGGCGUGGUGAGAAAACUGGUGAGCUCGUUGAGGGGCGAGGGGUGGGUUGACAGCACAAAGGUGGUGGCCAAGUCGGCAACCGUGGAAGAUGGUGACGAGAAGAAGCAAUUGUAA